AUGAAAAUCGCCAUGUCGGAGAUUUUCCUCUUGAGGAAGAUCAAUCACCCCAACAUCAUUCGCUUCAUCGACAUGAACGAGUUUCGUCUUCUUUUGCUCUGUCUUUACAUGAUUGAGAUGUGGUUGGGAGAAGACCUGGAAAGCAGGAGCAACCCCAUGGGACUUGCUGGACCAACUCCGAUCAGUAAACAUCUCGCUGAGACGGGUUCAUUGCCUAAAGGCAGAGCUCUUGUUCCUGGUUGUAGAACCAAUGAAACAUUGCAGGUUUAUGAUGUGGUGGCAGUGGCCUGCCCUGAUCGUCAUGUGGUUGGAUUAUCAAAAACUGUGAUUGAAAAAUCAUCAAAGGUGUCAACAGUUCAUCUUUGCCCAAUGCAAACUAGUGUGAGACCUCCAUGGGCACAAAGAAUAGAAAAGCUUCUGAAACCAAGUGGAGAGCUUAUAACAUUGAUGUUUCCUAUGGAUGAGCGUUCUGGGGGUCCUCCUUACAAAGUAUCUGUGUCUGAUUACGAGAAGGUUCUGAUUCCACUGGGAUUUGAGGCAAUGUCCAUUGUGGACAAGGAACGUGCUAUAACACCACGCAAGGUAAUGUUUUGA